UCUUAUGAUAUGAAUUUAUUGCUGUCAAAGUAGGUAUAACUUAAAAAGGUGUUUUAAGAAAACCUAAUAUGGAUUUACCAAGUCAAGAUUUAGAGGAAUACGUUGAUAAAUUCGAAAAUAUAUUUACAAAUCAGAAACGUAAUAAAAGGCAUCGAGAUGACUUGUUGCGUCUUAUUCAAAAUAUCUCUUCAGAAUUGCAAAUUUCUAGAAAAUCGGAAAAUUUUUGGAGAAAAAAUCUCAAGGAUCUAUUAGAAAGAGAGGAUAUUAAUCUUAACCAAAAAUAUGUUGAAUCAAAAGAAAAAUGUAGUAAGUUGGAAAAUGAAAAUAAACUGUUACUAAAAGAUAAAGAAGAUUUAAACAAUUUGUUGCGGAAUGAAUUGGAAUCACAGCGAAACGACUUUUUAAAUAAAAUUAAAGAUUUAGAAGAAAAGUCACAAAUUGAAAUAACGAAUUUAAAAAAUCAGUUAGAAAGCAAUAAAAUCUGCCAUGAAACAAAAGAAAGGGAACUUUAUAAUGAAUUGCAAAUAGCUCAAGCUGCAAGUGCUCUGGAAUGGGAUGAAAAAGAAUCAACUCUCAAAAGUCAACUUGCGGAAGCCAAAAUUAAUUUACGUCAAUGUCAAAAUAAUGUGUGCAAGUUGAGAUUUGAAGCAAAUCAGUUGCGAAAUCAGUUGCAAAAUCAGUUACAAACUCAAUUACAAAAUCAGUUGCAAAAUCAGUUACAAAAUCAGAUGCAAAAUAAGUUACAAAAAACUACUCCUCAAAAAGAAAAUACUCUAUAUUUUCAAGAAACACCUAUUCAACAAGUAAAAAAUGAGUUGAUUGAGAAGCAGUACCUUAACGAACUUAACGAUUCAAAAAAUGUGAAAGAUUAUAAAGAAAAGCCAAUGGAAUUAGACAGAACUUCGUCUAUUGUAGAAAACAUACCAAGGAAAAAUACCACUUACAAUAAUUCUCAAAACGAAAAUAGCAUCAGAUUUAAUACUAGAUCUGACUUAGGAAAUAGUACUUCAAGUAUAUAUUCAUCGUCAAACUUACGAAAGAACUUUGAUUUAACCAACCAAAUAAGAAGACCAUCAAGUUCUUGUUCGUCUUCAUCCACAAUUAAAUAUCAAAAUCUUAGUCAAUCUGUCAGAUCGGAAAAUAUUGAGAGAAACAAUUCAUCAUUACAGAAAACAAAUUUAUCGAAUAACGUUGAAGACAAUAAUUCUGUUAAAUUUGUUAAAAGUUACCAACCUUUGGUAAUGGAAUCAAAAUCAGACCAAAACAGCCACAAAAGAUUUGAUGUAAUUAAAGCUGGUCCUUCUGUAAAUAAGGGAAAUAAUCAGCGUUCAUACAAAAUUAAUUUACCACCUCUUCGAAUUUGUUCAGACGUUAUAAAUAUUAACAAUUCUAAUCAGAUAAAAAAAUCUGAAAGUGUUCGCAAAAAAAGAAAGUUAUAUAGUCCAUUGUAAUUCAGAUUUUUUGGUUUAAAAUUGUAUUUAUGGUAAAUCAAAACUUUUAGCCUACAGCAGUAGCACCAAACUGGCGACUUGAACACUGCAAAAAUUAUGUUUCAUUUAGCAUAGUCGUUUAUCCUUUAAAAACUAUUUAUGAAAUGUACUAAAAAAAAAAGGUUUUUGUAAUAAAAGUUAUAAAUUA